ACUAAUUCAGUGGGGAAGCUUAUGUUGCAAAUCUCUGCAAAGUAACUUUGCAAAAGUAGAAUCAAGGGGUUCCAGGUAGUUUCUCAGUGGUGCUAAAUCACGCAUGCUUAUUUUAAACAUGAAUAGGAUUUUUUUUUUUCUUUCUGUUUUUCAUUCCUACAAACAUUCCCUGAUCAGAAAGUGAAGCUGGGUUCUUCUUGCUCACACAUCCUUGCCCUCUGCAGCACCUCAGAGACACCUGAGCCAUCUCUGUCUUUGAAUCAUGCAGUCACUAACACUUCUAACUUUGUCUUUAGUGCAGCUCUACAGCUAUUAUUGACUGGAGCUCAGUGGGUAAUUCUGAUGGAAAUACGCAAUGUAGAGCAAGCUGUGCAUUCUGCUGUCUUCACUGUAUUGUCUUCACGCUGUUAACAGGAGCAAAAAGCCAUCCACCCAUUUUGGAUGCUAAGCAGAAAUUUUGGUCACAUAGGGGGAAUUUCUCUUAACUGAAAAAGAACCAUUUUUAUAUGAUGACUUUUCAGAAUAGAAGUACACGUUAAGAUGAACUUCAAUCUGCGUGGGAGUGAAAGUACGUGACUAAAUCGAUGCUUUAUUCACUAAGCCAUGUGUUCCUCAUGAGGAAAGGGACCCACUGCUGUAGUAUGUGCUAUAGUAAAAUCUUUUGUUUGCAGUGUUUGUAUUCACAGUCCACAAUUUUAGUAGCACUCUGCAGGGUCCUUCUUGCCAUCACAUUAAGCAGUGCCAAGGGAAUUGCUAAUAGGCCCUUAACAAUAAAAAUGACAGAUGUGUCACUGAAAAUACCACUGGGAUAUAGAGCGGAGCUUUGCUUUUCAAAAAACUAACAGCAGCGAACUUGGAAAGAUUCUCAAAUGUUGUUUUCCCCAAUAUUUGAAAUCCAUAUUUAAAAAAAAAUUGAUGCUUUCAAUACAGUACUGCCUGGUCUUGUUUGGGUUCUUAUUUUUCUAGGUACAGAUUGGCUAGCUCCACGUUCACAAAAUGAAAAUAGCCAGUUUACACACACAAGCAACACUGUUUGGUUUAAUUUUCCUUGGCAUUUCUAUGGCUUGUUCAGGGAGCAUCUAGUGUUUCCAGAACUUCCUGGGGUUUCAGCCUGUAAGAAAUCCAAGGUUGUAUUUCCAGCUGUUUUACCAAGGUGGUUCUUUAUUUGAAAUGAUCAGAGAAGCCUGCUGCUAUUUGCUUGUCCUCCUUCACAGAGGAGCAUGUCUGUCCUGUUUGCACCAAUCCAUUCCACUCCACAUUCUCCCUCCAGCUUUGGGGCAGUGCAUCAGGUUACAAGGCCCAUGUUAGAAAAAGGUCAGCAGGGUAAUGUUGUUCCUAUUCUUCUACCAGAACCAGCAUUCAAGGUCCUUGUUAUGGAACAGACUUGCUGCUGGCAAGAGCAUGGCUGCUUCACUGGCUUCCAGUUCACCCUGCUCAGUCGGGAAGAUAUGUUCUUUAUCUUCGUCAGCAAGCCAGUGAGGGUGAGGAAAGGUGGAUACGAGGUGUCAGCCUUACUAAAGGCAGCAGACAUACCUAAUAGGUGUAAAUUGGCUUUCCUCUUCUGACAUCUCUUGGGUCUCUGUUCAUUUUUUUUUUUCCAGAGCUCUUUUUUUUCUUCCAACCUAAUGGAUGGCACUUGCAAGCAGUGGGGUCAGUUCUUUUCCAGCUGCUUUCUUUGACAGCUCGGUGUCAUUUCUGUGUUAACAUCCCUGAUCUCUCGGGCAGCGUAGCAGUCACACAUGAACCUGGGAAGCUGCUGUGUAAGAAGGUCUCUCUGAGUGCUAAAUGCUUCUUGUUUCUAAUGUGAACGCUGGCCAGGUGCCUCAGAGAUCCACUUGCAGCAGUGUAACAUGCUUCUGGGUGCCUGAGUGUUUCGAUUUGUUUGAUGUAAGGGUGGUGUUUUUUGUCCCCCUUCUUCCAAGCCUGUUCCAAAUGCAGGAUUAUUUUCUUUACUAUUUUUUUUUUUUUUUUUUUUAAUCUUUUCUGGUUCACCUCUCAAAAACCAGCAGCAGGUAAUUCUAGAAAGUGGGUGAGAGAUGCUGAUUUUUCUUCAGCCACAGUCCCAAGCAGAGAUCAGUUCUUCUGGGCUUUAGGGUGCGAGCAAUGAAGAGAGUCUGUUGUUUUAAUGAGACACCCAAAGGCCUGUGUGCUGUCUGCCUAGCACUGCCGGACCUGCUGGAUUUUGGGGCACCUGAAUUGAAGCUGAAGGAUAAGGGCUGCUGUCUUGCAGAGCAGGCUUGCUGCAGCCAUCGCAGAGGGGCGAUAACCUGCCCCAGGGACUCAUUUUUAGAUCUGGAAGGCUGCCACUGCAGGGGCUCCCUUUCCAUUCUCGGGAGAUGCUGUCGUUCUUUUGGCUUCUGCUUCAUCCAGUCUCAUUUUCUAUCCCCAGCUGGAAUGGGAGACGGGAGCGGCUGAGGAACAUGAGCUUGGAGCUUCCUGCUUUCACAGCCUUGCCUACAAAAUAGUCUCUGAAAUUGGCUCCUGUCCUACAUGGCAUGUUAAAAAAAGAUACCCACUAAUGGUCACCUUGAAACCAACAGGAUUCUGGAUGGAGACAUUUUUCUAAUGCUCUCUUGGGUUUAUUGUUGCUCUGUGAACCCAGCCAGUACCUGGAGCAUAAGAACAUAUUAAUUGUUCAGCUUUUAAAGGCCUGGUUAGGAAAUGCAGAGGACAGUGCACAUUGACAGGGCCCAGCAAUUCACAUAUUUCAUUUCUCAGCAUGUGAGAGCAGGAGAAAUGCAGGCGCGGGGUGGAAGCUGGUACUGCAGCUUCUGUACAGCAGCCAGACUGCAGUUAGCACCAGCUCGCAUCUCUGAACCAUGGCUGCUGGCCUACACAUCUAAUUAGAGAUGCUUCUGUACCUUUUAUUUUUGGUGGAGACUGUGCUCUCUGCUUCCCAUGCUAGGUAAAACCACUGAGAAGGAGGACAUGAGCCCAGCUCUCCAUGGACACUUAAUUUUCUUUUUCCCCCCCAUCAUCUGGUUUAUGGAUCCUCUUGGGGAGAAACUUGAGAGGGAUCCUGUCUGACGACACGUGAGCAGCAUUGCCUCCCACGACUUUGUCAUGGCAACCAGCUAGUUCAGAGAUUUGUAUGGUGGGACACACUGCCGUGGCUGGAAAGAUGUCUGCACGCUCUCCCUCCCCACCCACCCACUUCUACCAGCCUGCAGAGUCUGUCUGCAUCUGCUCAGGAAAGCCAGCUGCAGGGGAAGCGGGGGGAGACAGAGCACUGUGUGAGAGAUGCUGUACUCCUUCAAAUGCCUUCUUUUCACCUAAUUAAACCUCUGCAGGACACAGACUUUUACCAGAGCUUUGGCAGUGCCUUGCAUUUGUUUCUCAAAGAAUUUUCCAGGUUAGGAGUUUGGGCAGGACUAGUUUUUCCUGCUCAAAACCAGCACUAAAAUUAAUAGGAGGUGAUGUGAGCAAAGCAGAUGGGUCUCGCGCUGGAUACCCUCCUGUACAAAGACUGGUGGAAGCUCUGACAUUGGUGGAGUUACGCCUGAUUCACAGCAGUGAGAACAAGAUCAGAAUCAGGCUCAUGACAUGCCGGUGCUCUGCAUUCAAGAGAAGGCUUCUCUCUCUCUCUGUCUGCCUCUGUGUCUCUAGGCAGCUCGACGGGAUGGGUCUAUCUGGAAUGGCAUGAAGUGGUGACCUAAAUGAAGACACCCUGGAGUCGGAAAAUGCAGCUGCUGCAGCUGCAGCUGCCUUCACAGCAUCUGCACACCUGAAAGAAGCCGUCUUAGUGAAGAUGGCUGAAGAGGAAGACAGCUUGGAGGCAGAGAUUGUUUAUCCCAUCACCUGUGGAGACAGUAAAGCCAACCUGAUAUGGAGGAAGUUUGUGUGCCCCGGUAUCAAUGUGAAGUGUGUGCAGUAUGACGAUCACCUUAUUAGUCCCAAAGAAUUUGUCCACUUGGCGGGCAAGUCCACCCUGAAGGACUGGAAGCGAGCAAUCCGGAUGAAUGGGAUCAUGCUAAGGAGGAUCAUGGACUCUGGGGAGCUGGAUUUCUACCAGCAUACCAAGGUCUGUUCGAACACCUGCCGCAGCACUAAGAUUGACCUGACUGGAGCCAGGGUGUCCCUGACCAGCCAGACAUCAACGGAGUAUUUUCCUCUCACUCCUGCCUCUGCAGAUGUAAAUGGAUCUCCUGCGACGAUCACCAUAGAAACUUGUGAGGAAGCCACCGAUUGGACCACUACCAUUGGAGAUGACACAUUUGCUUUUUGGCGAGGCCUGAAGGAUGCGGGCCUGCUGGAAGAAGUCAUCCAAGAGUUUCACCAGGAGCUUGUGGAGAACAUGAAAGGCUUACAGCAGCGAGUCCAGGAUCCCCCCUUGCAGCUCAGCGGUAAGACUGUGGUUGCAGGAGCUAAUGCAGUCUUACUCAACAACAUUGUCCAGAACUUUGGCAUGCUGGACCUAGUAAAGAAAGUUCUGGCUAGCCACAAAUGCCAGAUGGACCGCUCGAGAGAACAGUACACACGGGAUUUAGCAGCUUUGGAGCAGCAGUGUGACGAGCACCGCAAGCGGGCGAAGGAGCUCAAGCACAAAUCGCAGCACCUCAACAACGUGCUGAUGACUCUGACGCCAGUCUCUGUCCCUGCGCCUUUGAAACGCCCCCGGCUGACGAGGGCCACGUCGGGGCCAGCUGCCAUAACUUCGCAAGUCCUGUCCCAGUCUGCCCAAAUCGCUGUUGCCCCAGGAGUGCCAAUUUCUCAGCUUGCCAGCCUUCCUCUCAGCAAAGUGGUGUCUGCCCUUCCGACAUCUGUGCUUGGGAAAAGCACGUCUCAGACUUCUGCAGUCAGCUCCCCUGCCUCGCCCCUAUUGGGGGGAUACACUGUACUGGCCUCGGCAGGCUCUAGCUUCCCCAACGCCGUGGAGAUCCAUCCUGACGCUUCCAACCUGACUGUCCUCAGCACGGCCGCCAUACAGGAUGGCAGCACUGUGGUAAAAGUGGUGAGCCCGUUCCAGUUGCUCACCUUACCGGGACUAGGCACUGCCAUACAGAACGUAACACAAAUGGCUCCCGGUGGGAGCACAAUUGUGACGGUGCCAUCUAGUGCGGUUGAAGGUGCAACAGCAUCAGACGAACACACCACAACCAUUGAGGUGACCACAGUGGCAGAAGAGUCGGAGCAGAAAUGAAAGGGGAACUCGCCUGGAGGGACUGUUUCUGUGACAUAGUCUGGGUGAAGCUGUCUUUUUCUGUCUGUAUUGAGAGAAGAAGGAGCAGCGUAAAGAGGGCACAGGGAAAUGAGACUUGGAGAACGGCUAAUAUUGGUAAUAACAAGGUGCGAUCAGAGGGAGGAACCCCCCUCCAAAAAGGAUGAAAAGGGAAGGAUGAGAAUUGCAUUGUUCUGGUUUAAGUUCAAAAAGUUCCUCCUCUGCUUUUCAGGAAUACAUUAUUCCAUGCCUCGCUCACCAGCUCGGGAUUGUCUCCAGACAUCCUGGAGCAGAGAGGGUUAGAGGAACAGGGACGGGCAGGGCCACAGCACAGGGCAAUGAACAGAAAGUAGCAAAGGUUAAGAAAAUACCGGCCAUUGAGCAGGCAAGUACCAGGUGUAGCUCCAGAAGCUGAGGGCCGGUGGCCAAGGUGUAUUUCUGGGGUCUGGCAUCAUUCAAUGACUACAUGAGUCCCAGGGAGCAUCUGCUACUGCUCUUUCCUAGGAGAGGGCAGGCUGGGAGGUCGGUGUCUGGGCAGAGGGCCAGUACAGGGCACGCAGCUGAAUUCAACAGAUGGUUACUUCUAAGAGGCGCAUGGCAGUGAAGUGAAAGCAGCCUUGGACCAGGGGAGAUCCUCUAAUGUACAGCAGUCACAGGGCUGAUGCAGGUGACCCUUGUUGUUGGUUUCUGCACAUGACAUUGGAUUGGGACAGUUUAAAACACCAUAUGUCAGUAUUACCUGAUGGGAAGCCUCCUCCCUGUGAUUAAGAUGCUGGGUUCCCGCAUCUGAUCAUAGGGGUGGAGGAGGGAGAGUAGCUAGGAGGGUUUGAUUCCAUCCUGGGACGAGAGAAAUCCACAGAUGUGGAAAAUCUGUAACCUCUGAGGAUUAAGGUCCGCGUCCGUUUUCUCCCACAACCUGUACUUUCAGUUUGGGUUUGGUUUUUGUUUUGUUUGCUUUCUCUUAAAGCCAAUCUUGCAGCUCUCUGGGUUGCGAAGGGGGUGUGUAGUGAGAAGGAUCAGACUGUUGAACCUGCAGAGGUACUCAUUAAACAGCAGCACCCAAAGGUGUUUCAACUUCCUCCACUUCAGCAGGGUGUGAACGCUGAAACCUAAAUGUCAUCACGCCCACGCUGAUUCUCUGCUCAGAAGCGUCCAGCCACGAGCCUUACUGAUGUGGCUGCACGCUGUUGUCCUUUCCCAUUGUGUUGGAAAGAUGCUUUGUGGCUGCAAGAUUUGAGAGGUGCCAUUAGAAUAUGCGGUUCUCGAAUAGUCUUUUGAUUAUUCAGUUCGCUCGGAGUCUUGCUACUGUCCUCAAUUUAAAAAAGAAAAAAAAAAAAAAGAAAAUGCCAGCGUCCGUACAUAAGGAGCUGUUUUCACCAUCUCCAGCAAAAAGGGGUUGAAGCGUGGGUUUUCUACAAGCUCAGUUUGCCAGCGGCGGCAGCAGCAACAGGUCACUUUAAUAACCUAAUAAAUAUUUUUUUGAAAGAGU